AUGUUAGAAUGGCUGUUUUACUAUUCUACUGGGCAUAAAGAUGAUGAUCUGUUUUCUAUCUAUCUAUCUAUCUAUCUAUCUACGUUCAGUUCUCUCUCAUCUUUAAUUUCUUCUAUCUAUCUAUCUAUCUAUCUCUGUUCAGUUUCCUCUGAUUUUUCAUUUAAUCUAUCUAUCUAUCUAUCUAUCUAUCUAUCUAUCUAUGUUCAGUUCUCUCUCAUCUUUAAUUUCUUCGAUCUAUCUAUCUAUCUAUCUAUCUAUGUUCAGUUUCCUCUCAUUUUUCAUUUAAUCUAUCUAUCUAUCUAUCUAUCUAUCUAUCUAUCUAUCUAUCUAUCUCUGUUCAUUUCCUCUCAUUUUUCAUUUAAUCUAUCUAUCUAUCUAUCUAUCUAUCUAUCUAUCUAUCUAUCUAUCUCUGUUCAGUUUCCUCUCAUUUUUCAUUUAAUCUAUCUAUCUAUCUAUCUAUCUAUCUAUCUAUCUAUCUAUCUCAUAUCUAUCUAUCUAUCUAUCUAUCUAUCUAUGUUCAUUUCCUCUCAUUUUUCAUUUAAUCUAUCUAUCUAUCUAUCUAUCUAUCUAUCUAUCUAUCUAUCUAUCUCAUAUCUAUCUAUCUAUCUAUCUAUCUAUCUAUCUAUCUAUCUAUCUAUCUAUGUUCAGUUUCCUCUCAUUUUUCAUUUAAUCUAUCUAUCUAUCUAUAUAUCUAUCUAUAUAUCUAUCUAUCUAUCUUCACUUGUUCAAAUCUAUCUGUUUGCCUAUCUGGCUCCGUUCUUCUUCCCGAAACAUAACUUCGCUGUGAUCCUUCGACCAAAACGCAGCUCACUGUUCAAAUGUCUUUUGCUGCAAGCCAUUUCAAUGCUACCAGCGAAUGUUAUUUAUUCUAUGGUCACACCUCAUACCCACCUUGUGUUUGUCAAUUGGAUUCUUACCCAAACUGAUUUCUCUGACUUAUAUCCUUUUCUCAUCUUCUUCUUCUUCUUCUUCUUCUUCUUCUUCUUCUUCUUCUUCAAGCUCUUAAAUUCCUUUGGCUAUUUUCUGUGCACUAUGGUUUUCCUGACGCGCUUAUUUUUUUGCCGCUUUUUGCUUUCCUUCUUGUCUUUAUUUCUUGAUUUAAUGGUUCCUAUUUCUUUUGAUUUGUUUCGCUUUCGAGCUUCCUUUAUUAUAAAUUCGCAAUCAAUUUCUCUCUCUCUCUCCCUCUCUAUUUCUCUCUUUCUGUCUCUCCUUCUUUUCAUUCUCUCUUUUUCUUUCUCUUAUCGUUGCUCUCUCUCUCUCUCUCUCUCUCUUCCCAUUGUCUUUCUUUCCUUUUAUUUCUGUCUCUCUCAUUACAUCAUUUGA